GAAAGCCAAAACGCGCAAACUUUAAAAAAAGCAACUCGCGCGAUUGUCGACUGUCGGCCAAGCCAGGAUUGCCGGCCAAGUUGACAGUCGCACACGACCGAGCUAUCCCUCACAUGCGUACCUCAGAGUGAACCAGCCAGAGGCGCGACUGUCUAGACGCCCCUGAAGCAGCAAGCCCGCCGAAUGACGACGCUGGUACAGCCCGCAACGCACGCGGGAACUUUGGGAACAGACAAAGCCAGCAUCCGACCGACCGAGUUUCCAGCAGGCGUCUCUUCGUCGCCCGCCGGCUCGUCAUAUCCCGUUGCAAGCUCGGCCAAGAUGGCCAACGGUGAAGCACAGGCUUCGUCGAGCGCUAGCUUUGUGUCUGCUGGCGAGUCUCGCGGUUCGAGAUCAUCUUCUACCUCUAUGGUGCUUCCCGGCAUGGCAUCACAAUCGAGCUCACAAUCCUCUCACGAUCAAGUUGGCCAGAGUGGCUUCCAGAGCGGCGAGGGUAGCGGACGCGCAGCUGCAAUCAACCCUUUGUUUGCAAUGUCUCAAAGCGAACGGGGACACCAGUAUCACAUCGUCCGGGCAGACAACGGCAAAGUCGUCGUGUCAGACGGUCAUCCGAGCUCCAUCUUUGAUCUCUUUGGCAGUUCGGCUGCCAAGAGCAACGGCACAGCCCUCAACGGUAGAUCAAAAUCGAUACCUCUGACGACGGCCAGCGGCGACGCUUCGCCUGCCAGGAAACGCAGCUUCUUGCCUUUUCUGCGAUCUUCGAAAGAAGAAGUUGCAUCUACGUCCCAGCUCGCCGAGCAGACGCGUGCCACAAACGAUAUAUCACACGACCAAUCUGCUGCAGACGCAGAUCUGAGUGUACUGCAAUCCCGAGGCGACAGCCAGCCGAAGCAUGUCGGUCAUCUCAUCAACGGCAUACGCUAUCCGAAAGACGCCGAGGACGAGCCUGCACCCGUACCGCUGCUCAAUGGCAAGCUCGAUCAGGAUGCAGAUCUUUACGACAGCAAGCGGGACGCAGUGAGGAUGAAGGUCCAGGAGAAACUGGGCACCCAUGAUACGAGCCAGGUCCAGUCUCUCAAUGUCAUCCAGGGCAGGGAAGCAGAGAAUGCGCUGCUCGAUGUCAGACCACGUUCGCCCGCUCAUCUGCGCGAAGCGCGAACGCCGGCCAAUUUACCGGAUGCCAAGGUGGCCCAAGAUGACGUUGCCGCAUCGUUGCAAGAUGAGCCGAAGAACCCACUGAGCGCGGCAGAAGAUGCGCGUGGGGCAAAGGUCGAUACAGACCAGCCUGACGAUCUGACGCCUACUGCAAACCAGCCAGCAAGCCUUCCUUCCACUACGGCCGAUAGGUCACCCCGACUCAAUCAGCCUGGAUACGGUGUCGUCAACUCUCGUUUGGCACCUUCAGAUUCUUACGAGGGCCGCAAGAUUGUCGCCGUCGAUGCUAUCACGCCUUAUCUCGACAGCAGCAUAGGCAGCGCCAAGGGGAAAGAGCGGCAGAUUGGCGAGCCCGGUCGAGCGAGGCAGCGCAGCAGUGCUUCAACGGAAACAGACGUCAACGGCUUCUCUACUCUCACGACGAGCAGAAGCAAUGCCACCAACAUCUCCAACUACACCGACUCUUCGCUCAAUGCUCAAGCUGCCUCCUCCGCUCUUGCGGGACCCAGCUCUGCGUUGCGUCAGCGAACGGGCAGGUCAAAGCGCGAACAAAUUGCUGGCCAAGAUAUACCCUUGCAGACGAUGGCAGGCAAACCUCAGCAGCAGCCCGAAGAAGACUUCGAAGGGAGCAGAGCGAAAGAAGCGGAAGCGAUUCGACGAGCUAGACAGGAAAAACGAGCGGAAGAGGAACAGGCGUUGGCUGAACAAGAGCCAGUGCAGAAGAAACCUCGGGGCAGGUCUGCUAGUCGGACGAGCUCAAAAUUGGUCGACGAUCGCGUGCUUGUUGGCAAUUUGAUCGGCGAAGACCAUGUCAACUAUGUUCUCAUGUACAACAUGCUCACUGGAAUCCGUAUUGGCGUAUCGCGAUGUCAAGCCAAGCUAGCGCGGCCGCUGACCGAUGCAGAUUAUACUGCUCGACACAAAUUCUCUUUCGAUAUCAUCGGCAACGAACUGACCCCUUCAGCAAAAUACGAUUUCAAGUUCAAAGACUAUGCUCCAUGGGUCUUUCGGGCCCUGCGGGAGUACUUUCAUCUCGAUCCUGCGGACUACCUGCUUUCAUUGACGGCAAAGUACAUUCUCUCCGAGCUCGGCUCGCCCGGCAAGUCAGGCUCUUUCUUCUACUUCUCCCGCGACUAUCGUUUCAUUAUCAAGACGAUCCGUCAUGCGGAGCACAAGUUUCUGCGCAGUAUUCUCAAAGACUAUCACGAGCAUGUCAAAGCCAACCCGCAUACCCUUCUCAGUCGUUUCUAUGGUUUGCAUCGUGUCAAACUGCCCCGGGGACGCAAGAUUCACUUUGUCAUUUUCAAUAACCUCUUUCCGCCGCAUCGCGAUGUUCACGAGACGUACGACCUCAAGGGGUCAUCAAUCGGCCGCGAAUACCCAGAAGAGAAAGCCGCCCGCAAUCCCGGCGCAGUGCUCAAGGAUCUGAAUUGGGUCCGACGUGACCGACACCUCGAACUUGGGCCCGAGAAGCGAGCUUUGUUCGAAGAGCAACUCAGACGCGAUACAGAGCUGCUACAGCGACUUGGCAUCAUGGACUACAGCUUGCUCGUCGGUCUGCACGAUCUGAAUAGAGGCAACAAGGACCAGCUUAGGAGCGGGCUUCUCAGUACUUUCCAACCUGAACAACCUGCAACGUCAGUCAAACGACGCGAUACGGCGAUGCGACAACGAGACGAGGCCAAUGCGUCUGCGCUUCGUAAAGCCGUCCAGCGCAGCGAUCCCAAAGGUAUCUCAGAGACGAACGCGCUACCAGACAAAGACUCGUCGGAGCGUCGUAACUUUAUCUUUUAUGCCGACGAAGGCGGCUUCAGAGCGUCUGACAUCAACAACGACCCGCUCAACGAUCUCUAUUAUCUCGGCGUUAUUGACAUCUUGACACCAUACACAUUCAUCAAGCGUGCCGAGCAUGUCUGGAAAUCAUUCAGCCACGACAAGCAUCGCAUCUCGCCCGUCAACCCUCAAGAGUACGGUCAACGCUUCAUGGGCUUCUUGUUCAGCGUCAUCCGGAACGGCGACCAGAGCCGUAGACCACAGAUGGACACUCCCGAGGUCAAGCCAACGUGCUUACCGUGUAUUUAGCGGAUGCAGUACGCUUUUCACUGGACCUCAUCCUGAACGAAAUACUUGGCUUGCACAAGAGCGCCGCUUUGGCAAGGCCUUUGAUCCACGCUCGGCAAUUCGGUAUGACUAUACAUCACGAUGCGAAUAACAGCAGACGACGUUGACCCGAUGACCGACUCUCCUAUGCCCUUGGCGCCAGUCCGAUCACGUCUGCAG